AUGUUGCAAGUGGUUUUCCUGGGGAAACUAGCUUCUCUUUCACAGUUUUCGCACUCUAUUUUUAGAUUAAGUGGUACAAUUAUUAUAUGGAUUCGUGCCGUAAUUCUGGAUUUUAACAAUAUCGAUAAGAUUGAAUUCCUGACAAAUAGUGCUGCAGAAACAAUAUUUCCAUGGAAUUGUUCGGAAUGGAUUUGCUUGAUAUCGAAAAUAAGUGAGAAUCCUAUCCUACUGUUUUCAAAUAUCUAUGCUUGCCGCAAUGAGCCGCAGUAUUCCAAACAUAAUAUGCGAAUGUGCGUUUCACAUCAGUCAUCUUGGGUUCGAAUUUGA